CUCACUCAUUGCAAGGCCGAAAGCAUUAUUGGAUUCAACACACGACACUUCACAUCUAAUAAACAUUAACCCUACUUUGAAUCACAAGCAAGGAUCGCAUGCCAAUACUUUCGCCGAUGAAAGCAGCAUAAUGAUCUGAAUCGCCACCCAUGCAUACCCAGUACAUCAGCCUGCGUUCACGAUCUGAUUACCAUCGCACAUGUUCAGACGGCCAGCGCUGCGGCAGUUCUCGUCCCUGAGCCGCUCGCAGUUUCGAUUACAACAGGCAUCACGAUUGCAGAUUCGACCCCCGCCUGUGGUUCAAAAUGGGACUCCGGUGAAGCAUUACCGGGUGCGUUUCGUGAAGCCGCCGCUCCUGUCGUGGAGGCGAUCGCGGAAGUGGCUACUGUACGGGAUGACUUUCUGGGCAUUUCUACAGUACGUUCUGCCAGAGUUUAUAACGAUAUCCUUCGAGGAAGUGGAAGAGGAAGUUGUCGGCGAGGAUGGCGAAGUGGAUGUGCAGACUGAGGAAGGAGAGGAAGAGGUGGAAGAAGGAUUAUUCAUUCCUUUUGGAUGGCCGAAGAAACAGCCCAGGACUUACUACCGUGCAUCUGAUCCUGAGUGGAAGGAGUUUAUGAAGUUUUCGAAGCAAGUUGAAAGACACAAAGAAGUACAGCGUCGCCUCGUCUCCGCGAUACGCUCGGAAAUUGCGGGAUUGCCGGGUACAAAGCGUUUACUUGGAGCUGUAGACGUCAGCAAAGGCAGAUAUUGGCUUGAAAUUGUCUUCCCGGAUGGCCCGCCGCAAGACUAUGAAGUUCACGGUAUCGAGAUCACCGACGAGUUUGUGGCGUGGUCAGUCAAGACUGUAUCACAGAAGGAAUAUGCGCGGCUUUGUCGAACGAUGAUUCCUACAGCAACCAUAAAAGCGUCAUGGGCAUCGAUCAAAUAUCAAUUUGACAUCCAGGCGAAUAAAGUACGUGAAUAUCUUGGUUUGCAACCCAAGAUUGAUCCAGAGGUGGCUCUCAUCAAAGCUUCAUUGAGGGAGCGGCCGAAUACGAAGCACUUUGGCAGUGGAAAUAAUUCACCAAAAACGCCAGCGAAUCCAUUGUCAAAAGGUUUCCCACCUCAGCCUAUAACGUCGCCAUCAGGGCAGAAUGCUGAAGCUUCAAAUUCGGAAUCUUCUGAACCCAGCAUCCCACGAUUGCCGUCAAUUGUCCCCCGUGGCGAGAACAAGCCAGUCACACUUGCUCUCUUUCUCCACAACCUCAGGAAGAACAGAGGUCCCACGCCUAUCGAACCUCCACGCGGAAGUGUAGUUGUGACUGGUCUCAUUGAAGUAAUUGGGACGAAUGGUAGGGUCACAUUAGAUGUGUCCGCAGCGUUCGACCCACGAAGUGACGAGUACGUUUUGUGGUCAUGGCGACCACGAAGAAUUCAACCGAAGGCCCAGAGACCAAAGGGAGGACCUUGAACAACUUUGCUAUGUACUAUGCAUGGGUUGGCGUCAGUUUAAGAACUGGGAGAAAGCAUCGCGAUGAUGGCUGGAGUUAGAAUACCAUAAAGAUACCAAGUUUGGCCUCAAGCGUGAAUUCUUUCCGUAAGAAUAAUCAAAGAUUCCCUACCGCUCUCGUUUGUUCUAGCCGCCGCAUUCUUCGUCGUGCCCAAAGUUGUGUUUGGAAGCAGGCAGAUUGAAGGUAGGCUGAAAGGCUACCAAUUGUAGUUUAGCUCC